AUAUCUCUGGCCUGAAAUCUGGAUAAGAAGCAGAGUAUGCAUGGUAUCUCUUUAGAACAGCAGAUCGAAGGAAGAAGACGAUAAUGGCGAUGACCCAUUCUCUUAUUAGCUACCCACCAUCAUCAAAGCUUCAACCUUUUUGCUGUCUACCCAAAAACCCUUCUUCUCUUCCUCCUCCUCCUCCUCCUCCUCCUCAACUGCGAAGAACAGACGGCGCCAGAAAUCGUCUCCAGCAGCGGAAAGAAAUUGAGACAAAGAAACAGCCCUCCAUUGAAGAAAUUGAGCGAGCUAUAGGCGCCGGAGUGUUCCGAGAUUCUUCAGAUAAUAACAACAGAGAUUCAGAAGAUGGGAAUAGUUUAUUUGAUUCGAUUGUGUCGAAUUCGAUUGGAAAGUCAGAAGGGUCUGUAGAAAGGAAGAUUCGAGAGACUGGAGAAUGGCUUGUUCGUCGAUCGGAGAAGAGAUCUAACUCUGAAGGAAAAAACAUUCUUAAAGUUCUGUUUCUGUUGGUUUUGCCAAUUUGGAUGGUUUCAUUCCUUGUGGUUUCAGGGUCGGUAAAGCUACCAUUUGGGUCAACCUACUUGGAGGAUCUAAUGAUGUAACGAAUCAAACAACAGGAAAUUAUUGAAGUAAAUAUGGACAUAUAUUCUUGGAAUGGUUUGGUUUUUAA